AUGAGUUUUCAUACACAUGACGAAAACAAUAAACCGUUCACGCAAUGUCCGUCACAUGCAGAAGAAAAAGAAUUUGCGCAGGCUAAAGAUCGUAUCUUUGUACCCUCAAAUACUGAAGAUCUUGGGCAGACUACUACUAACAAUAUGGUUGAAGAUUGUGGAGUAGAAAAUAAGCGUCGGACAAUAGGUCUGGGCAAACGGCCAAGAACAUCAACUAUUUGGAACGAUUUUAAAGAAAUUAAGGAUGCUAAUGGUGUCAUAAAGAUCUCCUGCAAACAUUGUAAAAGUGUGUUUGCAAAAAGUAAAACUACUCCGACAACUCAGUUGCACAGACAUUUGAAAAAAUGUGCCACCUUUUUAAAAGAAAAGGCCCUACGAGAUAAGGAGAAUUCGUUGCAGACACAAAUUGGUUUUUUGCCGGAUAAUAUAGAUUCAACUUCAUAUCCCGCGCUACAUGAUGGAAAAUUUGACAUGGACAAAAUGAAAGAGGUGAUAGCUCAUUGGAUAAUGAUGCACGAGCAUUCUUUCUCAAUUGUAGAAGAAGAAGGGUUUAAUUUGAUGCAAAAAUGUGGAAUGCCCGAGUGGAAGGGAUUUUCAAGAGGAACGGCAAAAAAUGUUUGUGUGAAUGUGUAUGACCAGGAGAAGAAAAAGCUCAAAAUUGUUUUGAAGAAUGUAAACAAACUCAGUCUUACCACAAACUGCUGGAAGUCAGAGAACCAGAGGAUCGAAUACAUGGUGAUAACUGGCCAUUGGAUCGACCAAACUUGGCAUUUACAAAAGCGCAUUCUCAACUUUAUUCAUCUUCCACCUCCUCGACGGGGUAUCGAUAUUGCAAAUGCUAUUUGGCGGUGCUUAGAAGAAUGGAGUAUUGAAAGCAAGGUCCACACUGUGUCGGUCGACAACGCAUCUGCAAAUGGCGUAGCAAUCAACAACCUUAAAGAUUUUAUCACACGUAAAAAACCAUUGCUUUGUGAUGGAAGUUUAUUCCAUGUUAAGUGUUGUGCGCACAUCCUUAAUCUCAUAGCUCAAGACGGUCUUUCUGAGAUUAAAGAUAUUAUUGAUAUUAUUCGUGAUAGCGUGGAGUAUGUACGACGAUCAGAUGCACAACUCAAGGUUUUCACGGAGAUUGUGAAACAAUUAAACUUGCCGGAUAAAAAGUUAAUUGAUGACUGUCGAACGAGAUGGAAUUCUACGUAUGAGAUGUUGGCUGCUGCGAUCAAAUUCAAAGAUGUAUUUCCAAGAUUUGCUGAUCGAGAUCUUCAUUUUGAAGGCUGCCCAAGUAAAGAAGAUUGGAGGAAGGUUGAAAAAGUUUUCUCAGUACUUGAAGUGUUUUGGACUGCCACACACAUUUUCUCUGGGAGUGAUUAUCCGACGUCAAACUUGUUUCUUAAUGAAGUCAGUAGAGUGAAAGUGGUGUUGGAUAAAAAAAUCUUGGAUAGUGAUGUCUUCAUAAAAAAAAUGACCGCGAAGAUGAAGAUUAAAUUCGACAAGUAUUGGGGGGAGUCAAAUUUAUUGAUGAGUGUCGCAGCUGUUUUGGAUCCAAGAUGUAAAAUGAGAGCACUUCAAUUUUGUUUUCCCAAACUUUAUUCGCCACAACAAGUUAAGGAAGAAAAUGGUCGUGUUCGACAAACAUUAAACGAGCUUUACUCUGAAUAUGUUUCAAUGUAUAAUAUUGAACUGUCAAGUGGACAAGUACCAGGGGGCGAUGGUCUUCAAACUGAACAUAGCAAAAAUUCCGAGUCUUUAUGUGGUUGGUCUGAGUAUGCCACUUUCUUGAGGUUCGUUGAAUCAAUUCAACCUCAAAAGUCCAAGCUUAACAUGUAUCUUCAAGAAAAUUGCUAUAUGUCAGACAAAGAAAAUGGAAGAGAAUUCAAUGUCUUGGAGUGGUGGAGAAUCCAUGAAUUGAAAUACAGGAUACUCUCAAUAAUGGCAAAGGAUAUUUUAGCAAUUCCUAUCACCAGUGUUGCUUCCGAAGCUUCUUUUAGUGUUGGAAGUAGAGUCAUUGAUAAGUUUCGAGCCUCUUUGAGUGCAGAUACAGUUCAAGUAUUGAUGUGUGGAGGAGAUUGGCUGAGACAACGUUUUGGAGUAAAAAGAAAGACGAAGGUUGAUAAAAAAGCAAUUCAAGUCAUUCUUCCAUUUGACGAUGAAGCCUCCAAGGAUAAUUGA